UAUUAUUAUUAUACAGUUAUCCUUAUGUUGUUAUAAUAUUCUACAUUGGACUAUAGUGAUCAGAUAAGAAAGAGGUGUAUCCUACAGCAAUGGAGGAGACGAAACUCAAAGUGGCGCCCCCCUCCAAUGGGCCCAGGCCACACAGGUGUGAGGUCUGCCAGAGGUCGUUUCGGGAGAUUGCCACGUUACGUAAGCACGAGCAGCUCCAUCGGGCAGACCGGCCCUACGUCUGCAACACGUGCGGCAAGUCGUUCCUGUGGUCAUCCAACCUUAAAGUCCACGAACGUGUCCACACGGGUGAGCGGCCGUACAAAUGUAAAAUUUGUCACCGCUGUUUCACGCAGUCGAACGAUCUGCGACGUCACGAGCGCAACGUUCACAUGCGGGGGAAAAUCUACGGGUACAAAACAGCUGGCCGACACAGUAGCCAGAAUGAUUCUCAACAGGUCAACCUAGCUGCUUACCAAGCUUUCGCCAUGCAGCAAAGGGCUCUGCUCCAACAGGCGCUCACCUACGAGUCCUACCUGCAGAAGGCAGCUGUUGGGAGCGGCCAAGCUGCUCAACUGUUUCACCAUACUCAGGGAAUGGGAGGAACCGGCACGGCACCGAUGGGUGGACCCCGUCCACCUGACCCUGCGUCCUCCCCGAGAAGUCCACUUAAGCUUGAACAGGUGACUCCUCCUUCAACACCAAGUGAAAUGGAGGGGGGCGGUCAUGAGAAAAGGGCCAUGAGCCGCGGGUCCCCUCACAAUCAUGAGGCCCUGCACUCCCCAGUGAGGGCCAAUUCUCUAAGCUCUAUGCCACUGGGGGUCAUCCAAUCACCCCCGGCUCACUUGCCCAGCCAUUACUCCCAGGUAGUUAAGAGCGAAGGGAUGGAACUUCCGCAUAGCCGUGCUGGAUCCUUGCCGUCGUUCAGUAGUUUCAGGCCCAUGCAAAGACCUAUAGAUGGUCUGCAGUCCAUGCCUUUGGGGGCUCGCCAUCAUCCAGGUCACCGACCUCAUUCCCAUCUCAGCGAUGGUCACAACCUACCUCAUUCGAACCUCAGGCUAACUCAGGAGAUGAUCAUCUUUCACCAUCAGCACCACAACAACAACAACAGCAGCACCAGCAACAACAACAACACCUCCAACAACGGACCAAUUACCUCACGCCACACCUCGCCACCCAUCUCACCUCAGGGAAUGACAGAGAGAGAGAAGGAGAUAGACCAAGGGAGGAGAAGUAGAGAAGUUGAGGAUUUCCGCCGUCUCUCCAGGGAGGAAGAGACGCGGGAGUUUGAUCGUGAUAGGGAGGGCGAUCAUGAAAUGGAAUCGUCACGCAGGGAGGAAAACUCAAGCAUGGACUACAACUGUGAGAACUCCAUGGACCACAAAAGGGACAGCAUUCAGGGGCAGACAAGUCCGGUCGACUACCACCACCCAGUCCAUAAACACAGGUCGCGUGAAAUUGAGUCUCAGAGCGCGGCGCCGUCGCGAUCUAUAGAAGAAGACCACCACAAGUCGUACCCUUGUGAUUCCGUCAUGGACCUCAGCAUGAACAAAUCUUCAAACUCACCCCCUUCUAGAGCAUCUAGCACUGCCUCUUCCUCUGUGGACAAAGAGGUAUCCGUCAUGGUCAUGCCCCCUCCUAAAACACCUACCUCAGUCGGAGCCGAGUCGGAAUCGGAACCCGGCAAGCGAGACGUCACAACUACCUCGGCCACGCCCACCGCCGACAGUGGCGGGAUACACCACUGCCAGCACUGCAACAUCUUCUUCUACGACUACACCAUGUUCCACCUGCAUGAGAGCCUCCACAUGCCGUACGAGGACCACCCUUUCCGCUGCCCGUCGUGUGGGACUCACUGUCAGGACAAGAUCGAGUUCAUGUUCCACACUGUCUGGCACGUCAAGUACCCCCACACUAUACCCAACUACACCCCGUUUAGAGAAGGAUUCCUUUCAUCUCCUUGAUUUAACCCCAAGACUUAACAGACUGGGAUUACUGUAGGAUGAAAGAAGUAACAGGGAAGAGAGUUACCUCCCAUAUUAUCAUGCCACUGAGUCACAAUGGAAGGAACAGAUUUGAAAAUACACCAUCAAGGGAGACAAUGGAGAUAUCUUUAAUGAAUAUCAUGUUAACAUUAUUGAAAGCUGAGAAAAGUUUUUGUUCAAGAUGAGAUUUGAAGAUGGAGGAGAAACAAGAAGUAUUCAUGUUAACAACUGCUACCACUAAGAGAAGUAUUCUUGUUAUUUCUGCUACCACUCUGCUUGUCUUCUCACAUCAUACUGAUUGUCUAUAAUUCUCAUUCUAAAUGUUGCUGUUGUUAGCACAGUGCAGGAGAGAACUACACUACAUUUAUAGUGUCUAACAUGUUAAUUUUAUUCAUAAACUUCAGGAAUUUUUUUUUUCUUAUUAAAUUUAUCAGGGGAGGUUAUUGAAAUAAUCAGCUUAUCUCCCCUUUCUUUACCAAUGUGUACCUCACUUUUGAUACAUUUUUUGAAACUUUAUAUUGUAUCAUUUUCACAUUGCUGUAUUCAAGUGAAAAUAUAAAACAUUGCCUCAUCUUUUUAUUUCAUCUGAUGCAAAAAAAAUUAAAUUAUAUUUAAAUUUCAUCUGGAAUGUUUUUUUUCUAAUGUUGCAAUUUACAUUAAU